GAUAUCAUUUGAGACCAAAUGGAUUCGCCAGGUGCUAUUUCCACCAUUAGUGUAAAUAAUAUACCGGCUUCUUCAGUUCCAUAGGAUUCUCUCAAAAUCGAUGAACAUCCAAUUCUGAGAGCACUAAUUCAUAAUGAACCAAUUUCCAGGGCAGAUAGCCUUUGACGAGUAUGGAAGACCGUUCAUUAUUUUGCGUGAUCAAGAAAAGCAAUCACGGUUAACGGGAAAAGAUGCCCACAAGGUUAGUUCUGGAAUGUUCUAAGAAUUUCGGAUAAAGCUACUAAAGGCAGUCCUAACCUCUAAUAUUCAUUUCGCUUCAAAGAUCUAAAAAUCAAAGGCCAUUAAUAUUUCCCUUUUUAUUUAUUUAUGAAUAUAGACAAUAGUCCCAAUGGUCAGUAACGGCGCUUAUUGCUCAUUAACUGAGUGCCUCCAACAUUUCAUUGGGGGGGGGGGGGGGGAUGCCGUACUGUGCUGAACGACAUCUGACAGGGCUCGGCCAAAACUUAGUUACACUCAUAGUUAUAAAUUGGGCACAAUUAACAUUAGAGCCCAGCCUAUGAGACAUAAUUUAUGAAAGGGCCAAAGGGUAGAAAUUUUACCAAAAUUUUUUUUGGAAGGUUUCAAAGAGUUCAAAGACAUUCCUGGUAAUGAGAUAGCCCAGUGGUCUGCAAACUCAUUAGCUAUUACUGUUAGUCAAAGGGCCAAAUAGCAGCAGGACGAUUGAAAAUUUUUGGAGAACAAUUUUUCAAUAACCAUAUUUUUUUUAUUUAAAACCGAUUUUGUUAUUCAACUGGCCGAGACGCACUCAGGUUGCCUUAGAGCCGCAUGUGGAGAUGAACCCUUACUUAAGUCGCAGGAUCAGAAAGUGAAAGGCCCUAAUUAAAGUUGAAAUAAGUGGCACAAUAAAGACUAAAACUAAAAGUUCAUAUGUCAAUUAUGUCAAUUAGGUAGUAAAUGUUGGUUUGGUGCGCCACUCAUUUCUCAUGAGCUAAGAUGGCAGCCAUGUUUUAAAAAAAAGUAGUGCAAACACACAUCUGCGGUCUUUCCUUCCCUCAACUAAAACGUGUGCUCUCGUUACACACAUCACACUGUGGUACGAAAAGCAGUGUCAUACAAUACACUUUUUAAAACUCUUUUCCACCAAAAUAAAACCCAGAAGUGUCUGAAAUCAAUACAAUUAAAAUACCCAAUUUCAAAAUGCCCAAAAAUAUAAAUAUUAAUUAUUAUAAUUAACCACCCAAUGAAAUUAUAAUUAAAAAUAUUUUAUCAGGCUGUGGGCUUGCCAGGAAAAAUUCUGAAAACCUAUAACUAUGACACAAUGCUGAACGCAUUUUUUAUGAUGCAUGUUUUGGUUAGGUACUUAGACUUGACUUGAAAAUUAGGACACCAUUGUAAAAUACUUUUUCCAACUUGAGUAUUGCAAUCUAUUUUAAGUUCAGCUUGGAGGCUGGUGCCACUGGGCAACCUAUAUUACUUUCAUUGGAAAUAUUGUUGUCGCUCCCAAUGUGGCUUCUGGGUUGUUGGAUUUGUUGGUGUUUCAGGUCGAUGUUUGUUGGAAAUCGUGGCCUGGACCAACACUUGUGAACGCAUUUUAACUGAUCAUGUACCUUACGGAAGAGUCAUUUUUACUGAUGCAUGGGCUUGCUAUGCUAAUGUCAACCAAAUCAAUAACACAUUUUAUAGCGUGCAUAAGAUUUCGUACAUCUUGUUCACCUAAAAAUCCACAUUCAAACAAUUGAGGGACUUACAGUGCAUGCCAAAAGGAAUUUCUGUUAUCAAAGUGGAACGAGCCAUGACCUGUUUCCAAGCUACUUGUAUGCCUUCAAGUGGAGCUUUAGCCACAAAGAACACAUUUUUGGGCAGUACCAUACUUAAAGUUGCUGCGGACAUUAUCCAUAUUUGACCAUGUAGUUGGUAAAACAUUAAAUUGCUUGUUGAAAAAUCUCACAUUUGACCAUGUUCUUGUUAAAUUUUCAAAGUAACCCUCAUUCGAUGUGUUUCACUUGUGUUUUGAAUUUGGAACCCGCGUUUGGAGGAUUACGCGGCCUAAAUAUCAUUUAAGUCCUAUGUAGUAUGACCAAUUACUUUUAUUAGUUUAUAAUCUUAAUUUUCUGUCUUCUUACUUCAGUCUCAUAUUCUUGCUGCCAAGUCAGUUGCCAAUAUCAUCAAGACAUCUUUGGGCCCUAAAGGGUUGGAUAAGAUGAUGGUUGGACCUGAUGGAGAUGUUACAGUAACAAAUGAUGGAGCAACCAUUCUAGACUUAAUGGAUGUUGAUCAUCAGAUUGCCAAAUUAAUGGUCCAGCUGUCAAAGUCCCAGGAUGAUGAGAUAGGGGAUGGUACAACUGGGGUUGUUGGUAAUAUUUUAUUUCACAGUAAUUUGCACAUUUUCAAAUCUUUUCAUGACAUGAAAAGAAAUGAUUUUUAAAAAAUUUGCGCGGAACAAUUAAUGCCUCAUUUAAUGAUAUUGUUAAUUUUUAAAAAUAAUCAUGGAGAAAUAAGAUUUUAAAAAACUGCAAAUUAAAUUAUUUUAAAUAAUUUUCAUUGAAGUUAACUGAGAUGAGCUCUUUCCAAUAACAUAUUUAUAUACUAUUCAGUUUUGGCUGGAGCAUUGUUAGAACAAGCUGACAAGCUGUUGGAUAAAGGCAUUCAUCCUAUUCGUAUUUCUGAUGGUUAUGAAAUGGCUGCAAAAAUAGCAACAGACAAGCUUGACCAAAUCAGUGAGACAUUUAAAAUUGAUCUUUCUGACAAAGAGCCAUUGAUUCGUCUGGCUAUGACAACACUAGGCUCUAAAAUGUAAUUAUAAUUUUUGCCUUUUUUUUUACAAUUUAGGGAUGUGAUUAUUAAGUGUUUUGCCAAAUGUUGCAUUUAGGUUAUACAAAUGUCAUGUUUUAUAUCUGUAAUAUUUUUGAUGCAAGGAAACAGCAGACAAAAUUAUAUGAUUUUUGUCUUCCUGAGGGCUUGCUACAGUAAAAAUGUAGGCACUAGAGCAUGGCUUGGAUUCUUUCAAGCUGUGUGUAGAAUGCUUUGGACAUAAUUCAUUUUGAAUUAAAUGUUUUUCAGAUUUUGUAAAUUACAAGAGCUAAUAAGGAGCGAAUUAGAUGUAACCACUCAGAUUAAAUUCCUGGCAUUUCACCAGUGUUACUGGAUAUAUUUUAAUAGCUUUUCUUGUUGGGGAAUAAUUGCACAUUCAUCAUUCUCAAGGCUAGGGUUGCGAAAUGGUGGGUGCUUUCAGCUUAGUAAAAAACAAAUAGGUGGCAAAAUCACCAGAAAUCUUUGUCCUUCAAACUAGCUACUUUAUCUCUAUAUUUCAAUAGCACUUGCAGACCUUUCCAGCAUAAUGUUAUAGUCAGUACACAGUUUUUUCGAGACAUUAUACAUUUAACUUGCACGAAACACCUAUUUUGUACUUGCUGUGCUCCACUGACACAAUUUAUUUGUGGAAGUAUUGACUCGUAGUUAUUUGUAAAAUCUUUGUGUUUCAUUGCAUGAUGCCAACCUUUAAGUACGAGUUAGUCUUUUGUGAACAUUAUUACAUUUAGACUAGCAAGGAGUGGACACUGUUGGGGGCUGGAUGUGGUGCAUGCCUGUACUGUGAAUAGUGCUUAUGUUUAAAUAAUUAGUAUUAAUAAUUAUUUAUGGAUAAUGCAAUAGUCUUGUAAGUUAAAUAAUUUGCAUGAGGAAUUUCUGAAUGCCAAUAUGGCCUGUCGGAUCAGAAAGCAUGCUACAUUAAAUUUAGUAGGUAACAACCUCAGUUUCUGAGAACGUUUCUCAUAGACUCUGAAGAUUAUCCAUACAAGAUUCAUAUUGCGCCAACUUUGAUAUUAUGGUAUUACCUCAUAAUGGAAGCAUUAUACGCUUGCAAUUUUGUUGUUCACUUGUUUCUUUAUUUUUGCUUAGUCAACAGAUGCCUCUGUCAGAUAUUAAUUGAUGCGAUUCUUUCCAUCGCUAAUAUUAUUUUUUUUAUUAUAGAUGAUGCAAUACUUUAAUAAAAUUACUAGCAUGAGGAAUUUCUGAAGGCCAAUAUGGCCAGUCGGAUCAGACACCAUGCUACAUUAAAUUUAGUAGGUAACAACCUCAGUUUCUGAGACCUUUUCUCAUGGACUCUGAAGCUUAUCCACACAAAUUUCAUAUCGAGCGACAUUUUGUAUCAACUCCAAAUAAAAGUAUUUUAACUUGGAAUUAAAUGUUUCUUUAUUUUUGUUUAGAGUUAACAGGUGCCACCGUCAGAUGGCAGAAAUAGCAGUUGAUGCUAUUCUGUCAGUAGCUGACUUAGAGCGUAAAGAUGUUGACUUUGAGCUGAUCAAAGUAGAAGGCAAAGUUGGAGGCAAACUAGAAGACACCAUGCUGGUCAAAGGAGUUGUUGUUGAUAAGGACAUGAGCCACCCUCAAAUGCCCAAGGUAUUUCAUCACAUUGUAAUUUGGCAUGUUGAAUGGAAAAUUCUGAAAAAUGUUCAUUUUAGAAAUCUGCUUUUAAAUCAAUUAUUAAUUUUUUGGCUUCAUAGUAGGCUCCCCCAUAGCUGUGCCUUAAAAUGAAAUCUGUCAUUUGGUCUUUGCAUAGGGUGUUUUUUUUUUUGUAGAGAAAUCAUUCUGAAUUUACUGUUAAAUUCAUUUAUAAGAGGUUAAAAGGCUUGACAAAAACUUCUAACUAGGUUGACAAGUUGAAUGCAACCAAUUUUAAAAUGUGGGCUGUCCAGUUAAUAAACAUUUCAUAUUUAGGUAGUGAAAGAUGCUCGCAUUGCAAUCCUUACUUGCCCAUUCGAACCACCAAAGCCAAAGACCAAACACAAGUUGGAUGUCACAAGUGUUGAAGACUAUCAUAAACUCAGGGAAUAUGAAAAGGAGAAAUUUGAGUCCAUGGUCCAACAGGUAUGCAAAUAAUUAAUUUUUGUUUUAUAAUUGUCACAAAGCCAUUACUUUGAACUUUAAAGGUACCUAUCAGAACGGUUGCUUUCUGAGCCAUUGAACAAAUGUUGACUGGGGUUGUGGACUCUUUGUGACUGCAACAGAAAUGACUGCUGUCUAAACUCCUUUUCUUUUUACCUCUACAGGGCUGAUGUGUAGUAAUGGUGAUACAUUUUAAAAAAUUAUCAGGUUUCUAAAAUUCAUAUGCAUUACAGUCACGAAGUGUAGGAAAUAAGUACUGGCUUUUUAUACGAAAUAUAAGUUCCAAAAUCCUGCACAUUGAAAUAACAAUUUUUCAAAAAUCUUCACCUGAGUGACGCAACAUACAUUCAUGUUUUUUCAAGUCCCCUCCCAAUGAUCACUCAGUUGUCUGACAUGGCUGAUUUCAACAAGAGAAAAAAAUACCCCCACUAACUCAUAUAUUAGCACAAAAUGCUUGACAUGUUAUGGUUCUGGGUGGCCGAGUAGUCUUAAACUGAGUCAAUAUCAAGUUCAUGGUUUGGGGUUCAAUCACCACCAAAGCCCUUAGUGUAUCUAUUUAAUGCAAUCUUUAUAUUAUGUUUUUGAAGGUUAAAGACACUGGUGCAAAUUUAGUAAUUUGUCAGUGGGGCUUCGAUGAUGAAGCCAAUCAUCUACUACUGCAAAGGGGACUACCUGCUGUCAGAUGGGUUGGAGGACCAGAGAUUGAGGUAGGCAUCACUAUGUAUUAAUCAAGGUGUGCUUUUUGGUUUGGAUGAAAGAUAACCCAUGAUAUGGAUUCCUAUAUUUGUCAAUAUCUUAAAUUAUUUCACUAUUAUUUAAUAUAGUCAGCUAUGCUUUUUACCACAUUUGAAAUAAAUUUUCUCAGUAUCAUUAUCACAUUUAAAGUUAUUAUGGGAAAGAAAUGCAGAAUUUUGAAAUUAUUAAUUUUGGUUAUUCAGAUAAUGAUUUUUGAUUAAGUUUUUCCAGUUUCCUCUAUGAUUGAAAUUACAGACGAAUUUGUUUAAAUUUCUGUUGGCAUGAAUUGAUGAAGGGUGCAGGAUGUUUUGUAUUAGGAUAUCUUAAAUCCAUUUAUAAAUGAAAAUAUAAUUUUUAAAUUAAACUUCUAAAUAUAUUUUUGUCUUGGAUCUGAAAUGAAAUUGCAUUAAAAAAGUAUUAUGUUAAUAAUUAUUUGUUCUUUUUUUUUUUUGCCCAUAGACAUUUGAGCAUAAUGAAUUUCUAUGAUUGUUAUUUAGAUGAGACAACUUGCCAUAUUACAUACUGUGAAAAUAGUCUGCUAAUGAAAAUUUCAUUCAUAGACUCUUACAAAAAUCAUCUCAAACAAGAAUUGGUAUUGAUAGAAUUGAAAAUUAGUAUUGACUUAAUUGUUAAGUAGACAAAUUGAUAUGAUAAUAUAUUUCUUUUGCAGCUUAUUGCCAUAGCAACAGGAGGGAGAAUUGUUCCUAGAUUUGAGGAGCUAACUGCUGAGAAACUUGGUAAGGCUGGCAUUGUGAGAGAAAUGACAUUUGGCACCACUAAAGAUCGUAUGUUGGUUAUUGAAGAAUGCCACAACUCACGAGCUGUCACAAUCUUUAUUCGUGGUGGUAAUAAAAUGGUAUGUUAUGUGACAUCUUUAUAGGGUUUGAUAAUUUCCCCUUAAUAGUUAGCUAAUAUAAAGUAAUCUAAGUCAGGUGUACAGAUACUUGGAUUUUUGUUUUAUUCCAUAAUUGUGAAAUGUAACACUUUAUUAAUUUUCUGUCUUAAGACCGUAACAUAUCAAAAUAUAUUAUUACAUGCAAAAUAAAGAAAAACUAAAUAUUUUUUUGGCAAGAACUAAAUGAAAACAAUCUUUUUCUUUUUUUUUUUUUAAACAUUCAUAUUUAUAAUACAUUCAAUUUUAACUGAUUGCUGCAAAUCACAUUAAAAUUGUGUUUGGUCUUUAAAAUGGGAAAAGUCAAAUAUUGCUCAAUUUGAUUAUCAGUGACAAUGUAAGAAAGUAAUGUUAUACUUUGUGCUUAUUGUAAGGAAGAUAGAUAAGGAAGGCUAUGUAAAGAUGCCUCUUUUUUUUAUAUAUAAAGAAGUCUUUGAAUUUAGUCUAUUGUUGAAACAUUAAAGGACAUUUACUGUGGGAGAAUGUGUGCUCAGUUAGAAAACAUUGUAUUUAAAAUUUCUGGCAUGAGGAAUUUCUUUUGGUCUUUUACAUGGACCAUUGGAUCAGAAAACAUGCAAUAAUAAAGUAGAUGACAACCUCAGCUUUGAGACAUAUUCUUUUAAGCUCUGAAGAUCAUCCCUACAUUUGUCAAAGUGACUUAUCAAUUGUAUACUUAGUUAUGAAAAAUAACUUAUCAUCUUUAUACCGGGUAUGUUUUUUCAGAUUGUUGAAGAAGCCAAACGUAGCAUCCAUGAUGCCCUGUGUGUUAUUCGUAACAUUGUUAGGGACAAUAGAAUUGUUUAUGGUGGAGGUGCUCCUGAAAUAGCUGCUUCUCUGGCUGUUCAAGAGGCUGCUGACAAGGUGGGCUUUUCAUAUUAUUUUUUGUAGUCCAGUUACUAGCCAGCUGUAAUGAGUACAACGAAACCUUCAUACUCGUUACAGUUACAGCUGGCCGACACAUUUGUUAACCAACGAACUGUCAAAUGCAAACAUGCUGUGGUGUCAACUCUUUUUUUUAAUAACUUGAAAUGUAUCACUAAAAUACCUAAAGCUAAUAAAAAAUGAACUCGGGGACCCAUUUAAGUAUAGAUAUUCUGGGAGUUAACUGGACAAGGAAUCAUAUGGUAUGAAUUUUAGAAUUCUGUGAACCAUGUGAAAUGAUUAGAAUGUGCUACUGUCUUAUCUUUCUUUAAGACACACACACUGGCUGCUUAAUCCUUUUUAAGAUAAGUUUUUCAGACAUAAAAACUUUAUUCUUUCAGUUUAGAAAGUAUAAAGUUAUUUGGGUUUAUAGAAAUAAACACAUUCAUUGGUGAAAAGCAUAUUUCUAAAUCUAAUGCCUAUAACAUUACUACCUUAUUUUCCACUACUAGAACUUGAGCUGUUCUAGCUCCCUUAUGUAAUUAUCACUACCAUGAGUAAUGCCAACAAGGCUGUCUUCAAAAUCUCUCACAAAGAAGUAUUUUGAAUAAAUUAUGCUUUUGUUUUUCAGGGCCACCAUGAGUCCUACAAGUUAGUUUUGAACCAAAAAAAAACUUAGUAAAAAUAUUUAAAUUUUAGUUAUAUAGUUCCUUUAAGUAGACCUAAUUUUUUUUUAGGUUCCCUCUUGAAAAAAUGUAAAAACUGCUGAUUGGCAUUUAUAUUAUUAAUUUUAGUAGAGACUGAUUAUAUCAGUUGUAACACCACAGAAGCAUCAAUCCUAUCAUUGGCCAUUAUGACUGUUCAUAGGGAAGAACUAAUAGCUAAGGAAAGAAAAAUAAUAUGAUUUUCAGAUAAACAAUUUUAAAUGUAAAAUCAUUUAUUUUAUACGAAUGCCCCCAGACAUGGAAAGAAGAAAAAAAAGACUUGAGGACACAAUUACAAAAACAGUCCUUAUAUUUGCAUUCAAGCUAAUUGUUCAUAGAAAUAUUGCAGAUUCUUGCCAACAUGGCAUUACUGUCAGAAAUCCGGGAUUUGUUUCAGUGAAAUAUAAAAACUAUUUGACGCCUGCUGGAAUGAAGUUUACAUUUAGAUAACUCUUGUAUGGGUGUCCAUCUCCUUUUCUUUACAAUAACUUUAUUUUUAUUUUUUGAGACCAAGUUAUAUAUUAUGCCUUAUUUUGUUAACCCCCAAAACUCAAUUCCAGAUCUCGACACUGGAGCAGUAUGCCGUGAGAGCCUUUGCUGAGGCUUUGGAAAGCAUACCAUUAGCAUUGGCAGAAAACAGUGGUUUGUCCCCAUUCCAAACUUUAGCUGAAGUCAAGUCUAGGCAAGUUAAAGAAAACAAUUCAUUUUUAGGAAUUGACUGCCUGAACAAGGGCACCAAUGGUAGGUUUAUUGUUAAUUUUAUGUUCUUUUUAUUCCAGAAAAGUUAUCUUGGAUACCUUAGUUAAUGUUUCUAGAUUUUUAAAAACUUUUUGUGAUCUGAUACUGAAAUAUAACACUGUAGAACACAGGCUCCAAGCCUGUUUGGGUUUUUAGGCCAUUUUAUAGAGUAUCUUAUGGGGUAACAAUGGAGAAUAUUUUUCAGUAUACUACAAUGUGGUUUUAACUUUGACAUAAAAGGCAUUGAUUAAAAAUGGCAAUUCAAGCUUUUAAGACAUCUAUUUAAUUUUAAAGCAAUAUUUUUAGUUACUGGAGGAAUGCUGUAUCCUACCUGUAGGUGACAACUGUUUGGUGGUUAUUAAUUAUAAUUAAUGAUCUUUUCAGACAUGAAAGAGCAACAUGUAAUUGAGACACUCACUGCCAAGAAACAACAGAUUCUGCUUGCUGCUCAGCUUGUCCGCAUGAUUCUCAAAAUAGAUGAUAUUCGUGCUCCAAGUGAUCAGUUUAUGUAAAAAUGCACUUGAUUAAAUUAUGAUUGUAUGUGGCUAUUUACAAGUGAAUGCGAGAGAUUUAUCUGUUGUCUAAGCAGAGACUUUUUUUCAGUGCAUUGUGAAGUUACCCACAGCUUGUGUUAAAAUCUCAUUUCUUCAUGAACAUUUGACAUACUUUUUUUUAGAUUGUGUGAUACUUAUUUACUUUUUGUAUUAAAACAUUUGGUAACACUAAUGCUGAAUCUGUGGUUAAUUGUUGGUGUCCAAAAUGUUAUUUGUUAAUUUAAGAAAUUUAAAUUUAGUUACAGUACAGUACAAAAAUUGACAAAUCAUAAUUUAGUAUGAAUGGAUGCUUCACUGUCAGAUUUUAACAGUUCCUUUGCAAUAAAUUUAAUAAGCUCUCAUUGAUUCUUAUAAUUUUUAGUCAUUGAACCACACAUUCAUCAAAAAAGAAAGGCUACCCCUACUUAAUUUUAGCAGUGGUUCUCAACCUUCCUAAUACUGUGACUCCCAACCAAUAAAUAUUCUUGAUGAUACUUCAUUGUGUUCUGUUGAUCUUAGGCGGCCCAUGAGUAGGGGUUGCGAACCACAGGUCGAUGUUUUAGAUUUAGAGUUGAUACUAUACAGAAUCCACUUUUUAAAGAAAAACAGUACAUGUAACCAAUGUUCCCUCUAAGGUUUGUUGG